AUGUUUGGUCAAAAUACAAACACGUUUGGGCGAUUUGGACAGCAGAAUUUGGGAGCACAGACACCACAACAGGGAUCAACGGGAACAGGAGGGCUGUUUGGAGCAAACACAGGAGUUUUGGGGGGAUCUGCUAAUCAAAGGGAAGGAUUUGGGCAGACAAGCAGUUUUGGGAGUGGAAAUUCAGUAUUCGGGCAAGGAACACAGCAAACAUCUACACCGGGAUUUAGCUUUGGAGGGAAUAAAGAUACUUCAGGAUUUGGGUCUCAGACGACAAAUGCGUUUUCAGCACAAAAUCUAAGUACACCGUCUAGAGGCGGGAUUUUUGGGCAAAGCAGCACGCCUACGACCUUUGGGAAUACAAAUACGACAUCUGUUUUUGGGAGUUCCUAUGGAACAAAUACGUUUGGUGGAAUGCUGAAUUCUCGGAUGCCUACACAAGGAACCAGUAAUCCUCCGUACCAGGUGACACAGGAAAAAGAAGCAUCUACGGGAGGGAUGCAGCAUUUUCAGUCAAUUACGUGCAUGCCAGCCUAUCAGGCAGCGUCAUUCGAGGAGCUAAGGUUGCAAGAUUAUGCACAAAACAGACGGUAUGGGCAGCAGCAGGGGUUAUUUGGAUCCUUUGGUUCGGGGCAGACUACAGGGAAUAUCUUUGGAUCGGGAAAUCAAGGGUUUGCAUCACAGCCUUUCGGGACGUCCUCUGGGAUGAAUAUGUUUGGGGGAACGCAAAACACGGUUAGUCCGUUUGGACAAUCACAGCAAAACCAACAAAAGCCCUUUGGUUUUGGGACAUCGAAUACCUUUGAUGCAAAUAAAAAUCAAACAGGAGCAUUUUCUUUCGGGAAUUCCGUGAAUUCGACACAAUCGGCAUUUGGAUCAUCUUCUACGAAUCUUUUUAGGACAGGCUUUGGUAAUACUCAAAAUCAGGAUAAUAAAACAUCUUUCGGGACAACUGGUAUAGGCUUUGGCCAAAAUUCAACCAAUACGUUCGGUUCGGGUUUUGGUACGACUAAUACCGGAACCAGCAUUUUCGGUUCUACUCAGCAACAAUCUACACCAUCACCAUUUGGCCAAACAUCAACAUCACAAAACACUACUUUUACUUUUGGAGGAAAUACAAAUACAACCGGCAGCGAGAAUACAAGUACAACACUUUUCGGGAAUCAAACACAACAGUCCGUAACACCGUUUGGUCAACCACAGACCCAAAGUACUACAUUUGGCUUUGGAGCACCCAAUACUACUACAAAUACCACAACUCCUAAUGCUACAAAUAGUAUUGGUUUUUCUUUUGGACAGCAAGAUAAUCAGCAAAACAAACCUACAUUAUCAUUUUCAUCUAAUUUAUUUGGGCAAAACAAUCAAACACAAACGCAAAAUAAACCAUCUUUUAGUUUUGGAAAUACAACAGGGUUCGGGCAAUCAACAACGAAUACUAGUCUAUUUGGGACUAACAAUUUGAAUACCAGUUCGUCUACUGGGCUUUUUGGGUCAAAUGUAGCAUCUGGUUCCAACACCGGUACCGGUUUUUUUACUAAUCAACAAUCCACUGGAGAUUUGUUAGGGGCAAAAUCUUCUACAAAUACUUCUACAAACUUGUUUGGAAACAGUUCUACUUUACAAUCGAAUACCAAUACAACUGGAGGCCUUUUUGGAAAUAUUGCGGGACAAUCUUUAAUCAAAAAUACUACCCAGCCGUUAGAAAAUAGCUUAUUUGGAAAUAGUCAACAACAACAGUCUCUUUUACAAGCGUCUAUUGAUAAAAAUCCUUUCGGAAACAACCCAUUGUUUCAAAGUACGAAUAUCAAUUUUCCAACAAAUUCACCUGGGCCUAUUGCAACACCCCUUGUAACAAAUUCGCAUAAAAAAAAACCGGCCAUGUUACCACAUCUUAAACUAACUCCUGGGUCCUCAUCGUCAAAAAAUUUUCAAAAUUUUAAAAGUCCUUCAAGUAUUAACUCACCGACAAUUAUUUCUGCAACAAACCAUUCGUUGUACUUGUUUGAUAAUUUGAACGAUGAAACUAUGCUUAACAUUAAUGCAUUUUUCCCGAGAUCUAACAUUAAAAAACUUGUAAUCGAUCGUAAACCAUCACAAACAAAUAUCUUAACAGGUGGUGCAGAUCUUGGAAGUUUCGAAAAGAAUUUCCCGAAGGAUACAAAUCAUGACAAACAAAAUCAUGAUCACUCUUCAGUGGAACAUGAAAAUCCAGCAACUGAGAAUAAUUUUGCCCAAGAAUCGCCUAACUUAAUAAAUACUAAACAUCAAAAUAAUGCCAAAACAGAUACCACUUUGGACCUUUUACAAUAUGAUUUAACAGAAGAUGAUAAAAAGGAAAGUAAUAAUAUGUCUUACUGGACAUCCCCUUCAAUAUCAAAAUUACUAGAUUAUACGUCGGAUGAAUUAAAACAUGUAAAGAAUUUCAAAGUUGGACGUAAGGGUUUUGGCCAAAUUAGUUUUCAAUCACCGGUUGAUUUAACAGCUUUUGCUGCCUUAGAGGAUAUUCCAGGGACUAUUAUCAUUUUUGACGAGAAAGUGUGUACAGUAUAUCCCGAUGAAUCUCUUAAACCUCCACUAGGAUGUGGAAUUAAUGUUCCAGCAAUAAUAACCCUUGAACGUUGCUGGCCGUAUAGCAAAGAAAAGCGUGAACCAAUAACAGAUCCAAAUCAUCCAAGAUUCCAGCAGCAUCUAGAUAGACUUAAGCGUAUGAAAGAAACGGAAUUUAUUGACUAUAUCGCAGAUACAGGUGCAUGGGUGUUUAAAGUAAAUCAUUUUAGCAGAUGGGGAUUGCUUGAUGAUGAUGAUGAUGAUUCUGAUAAUGAAAAAGUCGAAGAAAACCAAAACGAAUUAUUAAAAUCUCAAGAAAUUAAAGCUCAAUAUACGGAAAUCCCUUUCCCUCCAAGAGUAUUAUCUUUGCGUAAAGAGGGAUCGAAACCGCCGACUAAACAUGUUUAUGUCGAGUAUAAGAAAAAAGAAUUAACGCCUAAUUAUGCAUUGUCAUCUAAUGAUACAUCGUUCGGGGAGAACACAGACAUAAGCGAAGAAUUUCUUAGCGCAAACAAUUCAUUUGAUUUUCAUUAUCCAGCAUCGAAAAUCCCAGGCUCAUUUACGCCUGAAAAUUCGUCAGAAAUUACAAAUAACUUUACAUCAAAUAACAGUAUUGAAACUGAUAUAUGCGAAGAAACAGAAUCAGGUGGUUAUUUAUCUUUCGAUGACCCUGACACCUAUGUUAAUUUACACGAUAUAAAUGAUAUGAGUGAUAUGAAUGAUAUAAAUAAUAUAAGCGAUAUAAAUGAUUCAAGUAAUAUGAAUGAUGUGAAUGAUAUAAACGAUAUAAAUGAUAUAUCCAAUACAUAUAGUAUUAAUGAUAAAAAUAGUGACUUAGAAUUAUGUUUCGAAGAUGACUUAAAAGAAGUAAAAACUGUAUCUUUUAAAAGACAAAGUGAUUUGCAUAAAGAGUUUCAUGAAAAUUCAUUGUUAUCACCAAAAUCUCUAUUUUCAAGGAACAUUAAAACUUGGCCAGAUUUUUUAAAUCUUUCAGUCGAAAGGUUUAAUUUGCUAAAUACACCUCAAAAUUAUGUUAAAAAUGAUCAAAAUUUUUCUGACUUACAGUUUGACACUGUUUUUGAUAAUUUCAAAAUAAUAAAAAAAUAUGAAUUACAAGAUUUAGAUAGAGAUUUGUAUGAUAUGCAGCAAGAUUCUUAUUCACCGGCUUGUAUACCGGAAUCAAACUCAGUUAUUGAAAUUCCCGCAAAAACACAUUGGGGAUUAAAUAAUGUUCUUAUUAUUCCUCUUAAUAAGAACAGUAAUCAACCAAAAAUUUUGUUAAAGAAAAUAGAUAAUCAAAAAUCAACUUUGGAUAAUAUCGAAUCAGCUUUGAAAGUGCAAUUAGAACAUACGAAUAUUCAAAUAAACAAAUACGGAUGUCCUGAAGCAAAUCCUAGUUCUACACUUACUUCAAAAUUAUUCGUACCUUCUUUUAAUGAUUAUGAAGCGAAUGUAUUACAACUGUGUGAAAUCCUUUUUGACGAACCUAUUAUUCAUUCUCAUAACUUGCACUCUGAACUUCAAAGAAUGCAAAUCCUUAGAAUGCAAAGAAAAGAGAAUCUUUCAAACUGGUUAAAAAAUAUUGUUACUACAAGUGUUGAAAACGAUCUUAAUAAAACAAUUGACUCAUCUUCAAGAAUGUUUUUAUUAUUAACAGGUUAUCAAAUAGAAGAAUGCUGUAUAGAAGCAUUAAAAAACAGAGAUUUUUGUCUUGCUAAUCUUAUUCCUCUUAUUGGUGGGGAUGAACUUAUUCGAGAAGAUUGUCGAAAACAAAUUACUGAUUGGAGAGAGUCAAAUUCUCUUCCUUCUAUUGGUAAAUAUUAUCGUAUAAUGUAUGAGUUAAUGUCCGGCAAUACAGAGACAUCGUAUGGCACUGGAUCUAAAGGUUCGGAAGAAUAUGCGCCUACUAUACAUAUAUCUGAAGGAUUGGAUUGGAAACGAGCAUUCGGAUUAAAGUUGUGGUAUGAACUAACAGAUGAAAUGCCGAUAGAAACAGCAGUUUUAAGCUUUCAAAAAGCUUUUAGUGAGGAUUCUACUAUAUCAUCUCCAAAAAUACCUCAUACCGGAAGUGCAGAUAAUUUGCAUAUAGAGUUUGAUGUAUUAUAUCAUUUAUUAUUGUUAUUCACUGAAGAAGAUUAUCCUUUGGAGAACGUUGUCGAUUCUCUUACUUUAAAUAGUCCUUUUAAUUUUGAAAUCCCAUGGCUAUUAUAUAUUAUUUUAUCACGUGCAUACGGCGUUCGUCAUUUUCAAGAUUAUGGUACUAAUUUUUACAAUAAGGAUUUAACAGAUAGCAAAAUCAGUAUUCUUGGCGAUCAACUAACUUUAGAUUUUGCGUCACAAUUAGAAUCAAAUGGUUUAUGGUACUGGGCAGUUUUCGUUUUGCUACAUUUACAGCAUACUCAUAUUAGAGAAAAGUCAAUUCGUGAUAUUUUGGCACGAAACAUAACUGAAUAUUGCAAUGAUGAAAGGAAGAAAGAAUUAGAUAUAUUUUUAAUACAAGACUUAAAAAUCCCCAAAAUUUGGAUUUUAGAAGCUUGUGCUCUUUAUUCUAGAUAUAUGAAUUAUUACCAAACGGAAGAAGAAUAUCUUCUUGAUGCUCAUCUAUGGAAUGAAGCACAUAAAACUCUUUUAGCAUUUAUAGCUCCUCAAGCAGUAAUAUAUUCUGAACUCGAUGUUUUAUAUUCUUUCCUUAAACGCUUUCAGAAUACAAAUGCAGUUUCUACAUGGAAAACCGGCGGACAAGUUUAUUUAGAUUAUAUAGAACUUGUGAAACUUAGUGAGAAGUUGACAUCACCUCUCAUUAAAGAUCAAAAUCCCGAAGUAACACAAACUCAUAAAGAUAUUAUUAUGAGGCUUUUACGAACGUUGCCUGUAAUGGAUACAAAGCUCUUUGAACAAUCUGUGGCAAUGAAAAUUAUGUCAAGCUUUUUCUCUUCUUUUAUAAUUUCGAACAACAUUGUGACAAAUGAACAUACUCGAGUUUUACAAAUGAAUUUAACGGAGGAUGAAUAUUUUAAUAAGGUGAAGCAGUUAUCACUAACAUAUUAUAAAUAUAUAAACUCCACUGUUUAA